CGCCGAGCUGAGGACAAGAUGGCGGAAUCGGGAGCUCCGGUCUGUGGGUUUGUGUUUAAAAAGUCCGGGAAGCGGUUCGCUGGGAGGAAACGGAGAGUGUCCGGUGAUGAGAAAGAUAGCAGUGGAGAUGAUGAUGGAAACACUGUGGUACGGAGGGAAAAAAGAAAGACUAUGCCAAAUCCCAUGAUUCAAAAGACUGCAAAAACAAAACCAAGGGAGCAGUGUAGUGACACUGACAGCGAUGGACCAGAGGCAAUCACUGUCUCCUACAAAUCCACGCGAUCAGCGAAACCUGUGGGGCCAGAAGACAUGGGUGCAACUGCUGUCUAUCAGUUGGAUACCGAGAAAGAUAAAGAUAUGCAAGCUAUCUUCGAACGAAGCCAGAAGAUCCAAGAGGAACUGAAAGGGAAAGAUGAUGAGAAAAUCUAUCGAGGUAUAAACAAUUACAUUAAAUAUAUCAAACCCAAGGACACACCCAUGGCAAAUGCAUCUUCAGGAAUGGUAAGGAAAGGGCCAAUCCGAGCACAUGAAAAUCUCCGAGCAACAGUACGGUGGGAUUACCAGCCUGACAUCUGUAAGGAUUACAAAGAGACUGGCUUCUGCGGGUUUGGAGACAGCUGUAAGUUUCUACAUGACCGCUCAGACUAUAAGCAUGGCUGGCAGAUAGAACGGGAGCUGGAUGAAGGCCGUUACAAUAUAAAUGAUGAUGAGAACUAUGAAGUGAGCAGCGAUGAUGAAGACAUGCCCUUUAAAUGUUUUAUCUGCCGGUCUUCCUUUACCAACCCAGUGAUGACAAAGUGUAAGCACUAUUUCUGUGAAAGUUGUGCCUUGCAGCAUUACCGUAAAUCUAAACGCUGUUAUGUGUGUAAUGAGCAGACCAAUGGGGUUUUCAAUCCAGCCAAAGAGCUUAUGGCAAAGAUAAAUAAGCACAAAGCAGAGAACCAGUCAGAUCCAUUGGAUGCAGCAGGGGAACUGGAGCAGACAGGGUGAUAUUCUUGCCCACUCUCACUUUUGUUUUAGCAAAAUAAACUUGUUUUCAAAAUAAAUUUGUGUGUUUCC